GUCUCUGAUACAGCAGAAAUCUCGCACUUGUGCAGACAUACCGGCAACGGUCCGACAUUUGGCUAUACGGAUUGACGACUGAUCUUCUGGGGAAAUAUUUCAGUCGUCAUAUUGUUCACGGGGGUAAUUAUGCAGUGUUUCCACUGAUCAUGUUAAGCCGGCAACCGUGCCUGGCGAAACCAAUAAGCUUUACUACUUGCUAAGGUUAGCAUGCUAACAAGAAGGGCCCGCCCAACACGGAUGAGUUAUCUACAUCUUCUGUCGACUACAGCAAUGGGUUUCUCGCGGAUUGUCACAUUUUUAUCAUCGGACUUGGGGUCUUUAAGUGGCUCUCAUUUGUGCUGUCAUGAGUCAAAGCCCCUAUAGUAUACACUCACCGGGUUACUUUGAACCAUACACCGCUAAUUUUCAAAAUGCCUAUGUACCAAUCAUCCCCAUUCGAAACAGUAUGAAUGUCUCAAUUCGCGUACUUCCGUAAUUACAAUUAGUCUUCUGAGUGCAUAAAUGUGUUCACACAGAGGUACGGCAAGACGUAGUGCACUGUCAGUACCCGGAUGUUGCGCUCAAAAUAGUAAGUGCUCGAAUAUAGUUACCAUCUUGGCAACAUAGAGGAAGGGGCGAGAGCAAGUUAAAAUGAGGAGUAACCCGUAGAGAUGGAGGUUGUCAUUUCUGGUAAGUGCUCAAUGACUAAUCAAUUUGGGACUGAGCUAUGUCAAAGGACAUCCAAUCCAGACUGUGUCGCAAAUCGAAUACUUCCGUCAGUACACUCCAAUAUGUUGUAUACUAUUCACACUCUAUACGUUGUUCCUGAGGGAACGAAUUUUGACAGUGGAGUGCUGUUCUAAAUCUGUCGUUGCACACUUGCCGGAAAUUGCGAUGGCAUUAUUUAUCUGCUUCAUCUUAUUCUUCUUUCCUUUUUAAUUGUGAAUUAAUUGCAACCACUCAAUUACUCACUUACCACUGUGUAGCCAAGAUGACGUUGACUGAAGCACACUCAUCAUUUGGGUCGUGUUCAGUGUAAUGUCCGGGCACUGAGUACUGACCGUGCACUGCAUUUGCUGUACUUCGGACGCAGAUUGAGACACAAUGACGCAAAACUGUCAAGGUACAAGUGUAAAGUGUUUUUGUCUUCGGGGGCUAGCUUUUUGGCGGCAAAACCCCCCUUUACGUUUGUUUUGUUUUGACGUCAUUUCCAACAACAUCGGGAAUGUGCUGAUUAACGUAAAUGGGAAUAUUUGUAUUGAUUGUGGAUGAAAAACAUGUCUUAAAGAAAAUACAGUGGACCCUGGGUUAGCCUAUAAUGAAUCAACUCUGAAACAUACUUCAGCCCCCCCCAAAAAAUCAAUAAAAAAUAAUGUAAAGCCAAAGAAUCUGUUCCAGAAAGCAAAAAAUGUUAACACAAAACACUUUUUAAAAGAAGUUUUUACAAUAAUAGUUUUACAUGCAUAAAACAAUUCUAAAUGCAUAUAAAUGAUGAAUGAAAGGGAUAAAUUAACAUUUAAGGUUACUUUUACCUUCACCACUUGCAACUUUCUUUGUCUCCAUUUUGUCUUAUUUUGCAGUCGUGAUCAAAAGAAAAGCAAAGACUUUAGAUGAGAAACAAUUGAAUUCAAUUUGUGGCAAAACAGGACUGUGGUGUUCACUGUAUCAUCUGUAAUCACAAUAUUGUAUGCAUGGAAAUGUGGUUUGACAAAUAUUCCGAAUGUAUAAUCACUGAUAUUUGUAUUUCUUUGUUAUUACAACACUUGCGGGUAUGCUGUUUUGAAAUAAUCCUGAAAAUAUGUAAAGAAGAAUAUUUCAGAUUGAAACAUUCUUUUUCAAAUGUUCAAAUGCCACACUUUAAUCUUUCUUACAGCGCUGUGAGGUUUUUGGUCAAUGAGUGGUGUGAAAAGGGCUGUAGUCCUGUGGUUUUUAUGAAAUGAAUAUUUAUGGGAUGAUAGUGAGGGAGGGAUGAUGACAAAUGAGUAAAACUGAUGAGGCAGGAUACACAGGAUGCAUACUCAGCCGUGUUGUAUUGUUAUUGUGUCUUAUUGAUUGGUACCAUAGUAAAUGGCACACUGACCUAUUUGCCUGAAGGAGAAUUUAAUUUGUUUUAUCUCUUUUUUUUUUUUAAAGCAAAAACACUGUGCCCCUGGUGCCCCCUCCCUUGUCCUUAAAUAACCCCUCCCCAGAUCCCUGCCCUGUCUGAAUCAAACAUCCCCCCCGACCUUCCCUUCUUCCCCUCCCUUUCACCCUCCCACCCUCCAAUCCUCCUGCCGAUAUCUAAGCCUUCUGCGGCUGUACACCACUCACUGCCAAACUGUCGGACAUGUCAGGACCCGUGCCAAGCCGGGCCAGAGUGUACAACGAAGUCAACACUCACCGGCCGAGGGAGUACUGGGACUAUGAGUCCCACGUAGUGGAGUGGGGGAACCAAGAUGACUUCCAGCUGGUGAGAAAGCUGGGCCGCGGCAAAUAUAGUGAAGUCUUUGAGGCCAUCAACAUUACCAACAAUGAGAAGGUGGUUGUCAAGAUCCUCAAGCCUGUGAAGAAAAAGAAAAUCAAGCGCGAGAUCAAGAUAUUGGAGAAUCUACGAGGAGGCCCUAAUAUUAUCUCCCUCAUUGACAUUGUGAAAGACCCUGUCUCCCGGACACCUGCCUUGGUCUUUGAGCAUGUGAACAACACGGACUUUAAGCAAUUGUACCAAACUCUGGCAGAUUUUGACAUCCGAUUCUAUAUGUACGAGAUUCUUAAGGCCUUGGACUAUUGCCACAGUAUGGGAAUAAUGCAUCGAGAUGUCAAGCCUCAUAAUGUGAUGAUUGAUCACGAACACCGCAAGCUACGUCUUAUUGACUGGGGCCUGGCUGAAUUUUACCACCCAGGACAGGAGUACAACGUCAGGGUUGCAUCACGCUACUUCAAAGGACCCGAGCUUUUGGUUGAUUAUCAGAUGUAUGACUACAGUCUGGAUAUGUGGAGCUUGGGAUGCAUGUUGGCCAGCAUGAUCUUCAGGAAAGAGCCUUUCUUCCAUGGCCAUGACAACUAUGACCAGCUGGUGAGAAUAGCCAAGGUUUUAGGCACAGAAGACCUCUACGAUUACAUCGAUAAGUACAACAUUGAGCUAGAACCUCGCUUCAAUGAUAUACUUGGAAGGCAUUCUCGUAAACGGUGGGAGCGCUUCGUCCAUAGUGAAAACCAGCACCUGGUCAGCCCUGAAGCUCUGGAUUUCCUGGAUAAGCUGCUGCGCUACGAUCACCAGGCCCGGCUGACUGCCCGGGAGGCCAUGGAUCAUCCCUACUUCUUUCCCAUUCUGAAGGAGCAGUCUCGUGGUGGAGCUGGAGCUGCCAACCUAGCCAGUGGGAACCCGGCUGUUAGCACGGCCAGCAUCAUCACUGGUAUUUCUGCCUUGCCAGCUUCCACUGCCCUGGGUCCACUGACUGGAUCACCUGUGCUGUCUGCCCCCACCAAUGCUCUCAGCUCCUCUGUGUCCACCGCCCCCGGGGCACCACAGUGACCCUCCUCACGUCCGCAUCCAUGCAGGUGACUGGAAGGAAAAGUGAGCGGUUCCUGACGAGCAACAUUGAUGUUGAAUAGCACUUGAAGGACGUGUGUAUGUUUCCCAGCCUGAUGUACAUCUUUUCUAAACAUGUCAAAUGCAAAUAAACCCCAAACCUCGAGCGCAGUCCCUACACCAUGUAUAUAUUUGUAUGUCCUUAUGUAAGAGACCAGCGUUUGCAAAGAUUUGUGUAAAUAAAGCCUUUUAUUUAUCAGCUGCUUUUGUCUCA